ACGAUAAUUGUGUCUUCCCAUCAUUCAAUGCGCACAUAUUUCUCGUCCUCGAAAUCGCAUAGCGACCGCCGACGCGACGCGGUUAAAAGUGACAUUUGCAAGGUGUAAAUUGUUUUCACAUCUAUGAAUCGACCUCCCUCUGGCAGCGGGCGCAAGCCAACAGCAGCAGGAAUGAGACCCCCUUCUGGAUUGAGACAGCCCCCUCCUGGCACGGCUAUGAGGAUGCCACCUGGUACUGGGGCUCCCGGUACAGCUAGGCCUGGGACAAGGGGAGGAGCAGGACCUUCCACUGGCGCAGUACUCAAUGCCAACAUCAAUGUUACAGACAGGCCAACCACACAACAGGGUCUUGGGGGACUCAAGACUGGUAAAAAAGGUCCUUCAAGAGUUGUUAUGGACAAGUCUUAUUUCCUUGGCCUCCUGAGAACCAAGAUGAAUGAACUGACAACUGAAAAUAACAAACUUCAGAGAGAGAUUGACAGGAUAAAUGAGGAAAAUAACAGCUUUCUUUCUUACGAGAAGAAGGCUGAGAGUGUCGCAGGUGAAAUCAAAGAACUUCAGGGACAACUGGGUGACUACAAUACACUUGUAGAUAAACUCAACACAGACACUGAGAUGGAUGAAGUACAAGAAGAUUAUAAUCAGCUGAAAGUUGAAAAUGACCUGGAAAGCAAGAAUAUAGAUACCAUCUUCACAACAAGACAAGAGACUGAAUCCCAGAUAACUCAAGUAGAUGUAGAAAUCCAGCAAUGCAGACGGAUGGCUGACACUCUAGUAGAUGACAUGAAACCACAAAUGCGGAGCAAGUACCAGAAUCUCAAGGUGAAAAAUGAGACACUCCUUAGACAACUUGAAGAGAGGCAGCAAGAGAUAGAUUCACUCAGCACAAAGAAGGAUUCAUUGGAAGAUGAGCUUCAACAUUCCCAAGUAAAGCAAGAGGCAGUGCGUCUCUAUGAGCAGCUGCAUGAGCUGGAGGAUAAGAAGAGCCAGCUGAUCGCUGAGGAGCAGUCCAGGGGUACUCCUGCAGAGGAGAGGGAGAAACUCCUCAAGCAAGUCAAGGAAGACAACCAGGAGAUAGGAAGCAUGGAGAGACAAAUCAAAGAGAUUAAAGAGAAGCUGGAAGAAACCAUGGAAGAAAUAAGUCAACUAGACGUAGACCUGGAAGAACAUCAAGGAGAGAAAAAUUUGAAGUACAAAGAGCUGAAGAAGAGAGAAGAGAGUAUGAAUGAAUUUCUUAAUACUUUUGAAAGUGCAAAGAAAGAAGAAGUGGAAAGGAGAGGCACCAGUGAAGAGACCGUUGUGACACUCUUGUCCCACAUGAGUAGGAACCUUGGACGUCAGAAGCACAUGCCAACCCCUAAGGAGCUGGCUAGGAUGCAGGAUGACUUAAGCUUCAAACAGACAGAGAUGCAUAAAUCAGAAGCAACGGCUUCAGGACUUACUGGAGAGUCUGGUCGGCUCCAGAUGGAUCUUCAGAAGGUGGAGCAGCUGGAGGGUAAGAUCACGGCGGAGCUGGAGAACCUUAAGGUCCGCAUCAAGGAGAUGGAGGAAGAGCUCAAGACCUUUUCCAACCUGGACACACUUCAGCAGACUGCUGAUCAAAAGAAGAAGAAACUACAAGAGGACAAGAUUACUUUGGCGAGGAGGAGAGACGUCUUCAAAAAGAGCGUCCAACUUCUCUCCAGCCAGUACGAAGCCUUGAAGACACAGCUCAACGAUAACGAGACCCAUUCGCAGCUGGGCAACCUGGAGCGCAAGUGGCAGCACUACGAGCAGAACAACUUUGUCAUGAAAGAAUUUAUUGCAGCCAAAGGUAUGGAGAGUGAUUACCGCCCUCUUGUGUCAAAAGUGAGAGACCAGGUUGGAGACUACAAUCGCAUGCUACAAGAUAUACUGAUAAAAGGCGUACAGCGCUGAGAUCACAGAAACCUCAAGUGUUCUAGCUCCAGAUUCCUGUAAAACCAGGAACAUUCCUGACAUUAAGCUUUCUUGAACCUGAAUCACUUGUGAAAUUUGAAAACAUUUCAUAUGUAUGAAAUUUUCUUGUUAUACAGUACAUUAUCUCAUAGAUCUAUUUUACUUGUGCCCUUGUGUGUAUGUUGUAUUCAGACCAGCCUUUGCUUGUGUAUAAAGACAGAUAUUUAUGUUUCCCAUAUUCACUAUUUCUGUAUGCCACUCUAUAGUUAGUAGUACUUUUAUGAAAAUGAAACAAAGAUGUAUUCUAUCACCAAAAAGGAAACUGGGAAAGGAGCUUGAGAAAGAAUGCUUGUGAAUCACUGUUUUUUAUAGCUGUAUUCAAAACUACAGGAGAAUCUCAUACAGUAUUUUGGGGUCUUAUUUCAUUACUUCAUGUUGAACUUGAUAUUUGUAUUACUUGGCUUUUGAGCAUAGAUGUGUCAUGGUCUUGUGGAUAAUUCACCGGACUGUGAAUCCCAUGGUUCGCGGUUAGAGUCACACUGCACCACUAAUAUCCUUUGGCAAAACAUUUAUCUACAUUUGCCACACUCUACCCAGAUAAGGUAAAUGUAUACCUGGUAGGAAUUAAUUCCUUGAAAUGCUAGAGCGCCAUAAUGGCAGCCAUGCUAAAGCCGGGUAAUAGUUGUGGAGCGCCAGGAGUGUCAAGUUUGACAGACAUAAGCGCUAUACAGGAACCCACUGUUAAUAUUAUUAUUAUUAUUAUAAUCAGUACGGCACCUUGUUUAAAUCCUAUCUCGGGGGGGGGGGGGGGGGGGGGGGGGGCUUGGUCUGUGAGGAAUUAAUGCAUACACAUAAUGGCAACACUUCACCAUAGGGGUUUUGAACCUAGAAUCCUCUCCCAGGUGUAAGACUACUACAUUGUGCUCUGGACCAUUGCACCCCAGGCUAGAUGUGAAUUCACUUUUGCAAGUACAUUAUGUCAAUAUGUCACUAUCAUUCCAUUACUCUUCUAUCAUUCCAACAUUCAUAUACUGCAUGUUUCAAGGAUACCAUAACACAUUGGUAAUCCUCAUUUCUGUUGUGUCCGAUCUUUUGAUUUAUUUACUUUAUUAAUUGCUCAUU